AUGUUUUCCAACACGACGCACCCAUCCAGCUACUCAUAUCUCACCGAAUCCUACUCCUUAAACAUCCCAGAGAUUAUACACUCGCCCGAGACGGAGUCAGAGGAAGAUAUGUGGUACCCAGACAUGGAGGAGCUCACCGACCAUAGCAUGGACCCCAGCUACGAAAAUAACGCGAACAAGGACGAGGUUAAGGAGAGCGUAUCUGCAUACGACUUUGCAGUCUUGUCGGAUGAGGAGUCAGAGGAAGCGUUCAGGGAAAUGGAGGGCUACGUCAAUUACAACGACGACUCCGAUUACCUCAACACUGGUACCACCACCAGCCAUGCACCAUCUAGCUCGAGGAAUCCGUCAGCUUCUGCUGGUUCCAUCGCCACAUCGUCGAUCCCCCAACAUGUAUCAUCUAGUGGAUAUGCGGUGCGUGAUUUUCUAUCAUUAAAACUGCUAGAUAUUGAGUUUUCUGCGAUGAAGAACAUACAUCAUGUCCCUUCAAGCAGGUCUUAUCCGGAAUUUUGUGUCAUGCCACCAUGGUCACUGCCUGCUGCUUCUCCAGCCACAGCAAACGUUCACUUCUUCUCAUAUACGUCGCAUGCUCUAACCACCUCUUCGCCAACUUCCUCAUCGUCAUCCAUGUCGGAUCCCUAUCUUCUCAAAGGCAAAGCCAGCUCGUCGAAGGCACCCGCGCGCAAACGAGGCACCUCCGCGCACCCACGCAAAGCGCCGAAGUCGCGUUUGACUCGGAGUCGCGUUGGAGAGACCCCUGCGCAAAAGAGUGCGCGGCGCAAACGUACCAGUGGGGUGCUAACCCCCUAUGAAGUGGAUGCUCUGCCGUCCGCAGAGUAUACAGACAGGGAGGUUCGUUCAAUCCUCAAAAUACCGUAUAAUAUUCCGCUAGAAGAUGCGUGGCCAUGGGGCCCGGACCCAUGGAUGAUCUAUAAACCAGCACAGGUACUUAUGUUAGCGAUCUGCUGUCGCAAUCACAAGGCAACAUUUCAUGAAAUUGAAAUGUAUAUUAUGGGGAAGUACCCUUUGUUGGAAACAACAGAGUAUGGUACAGAAUGGCGGAGUACGUUACGAAACUAUCUGAGUGCAUAUCCUCAAUUCAGGAGAUUGCGCCGUGAAAAGGGAUGCAGUGGGGGCCCCUGGACGCUGGAUGCUACUAUGAUCCAAUAG